AUGGCUGAUACCCCAUCUGCGCCUCCUUCCAAAAAGGCGAGGUCGGGUGAACAGGACUGGCAUGCCGAAUGGGAAGAGGCCAAGACAGCACAUGAUCAAGCCCGCGGAGAGUUGGGGGAAGCACUCAAGAUGGAAAGCAGCAAUGAUCAGUAUGUCCAGCAUUUGCGCGACACGGUGGCCAAUGCAAAGGAGCGUGAACAGUUCGCUCAGAACAUGCUCCUGAAGUCCCAGACCCAGCCAUCGGAGGACAGUAUGAUACAGAAGUUGGAGAGCCUGCGACUGGACUUGGGCGAGGUCAAGCGCGAGGUCAAGCAGGACUUGGGCGAGGUCAAGCGCGAGGUCAAGCAGGACUUGGGCGAGGUCAAGCUGGAAGUGGGCGAGGUCAAGCUGGAAGUGGGCGAGGUGAAGCGGAUCCAGGAGGUUCAGGGAGAUGUUUUGCCCAGGAUGGCAAAGCAACUAUACGGCUUCCGUGCUGCUACCCACUCCACCUUCGAUCGCGAGUUUGAAAGCAAGUGCCAAGCAUAUUAUAAGACGACUUCAUGCAUGAUUUUGGGUCAAAUUUUUCCAGAGUGUCUUCAAGACUGGGGUGAGGAUUAUUACUUUGGUUCCGAUUAUUUCCUGCCCGUGGGUGAGCACAUCUACAAGAAGAGCAUGGAGACGGAAGGAAAAGACUUGGGCAUCGUGACCAGACAUCCUCGGAAUGGACUGUUGCUGGUAAAAGCUUUGGAGUCACAGUUCCAGGAUGGUCACAUGGUGCUGAUUCCAGUGGAGGCAGCAGGCGAGCAGUUGUGCAGCGACGCCGGCACUCUUUCUGAUGUAUCAGAACCCGAGACGCAAGUCACACUACAAAUCCACGUUGCCGCAUUUCUGCAUGAUGAACCUGUCAUGUGGUCGGACAAGAAGCAGAAAUUGAUCGAGCCGGUUCCUUUUGAAAGACCCAUCGUUCAGGAGCCGAAGAGGAAGGGCAAGAACACAAACAAGAGCAAGAGCAAGAAGAAAGUCUUGCAGACGCAGCCUAUUAGGUUUCGUGACUUGCAUCGGCAAAACAUCGUCAUUCGCAAACCUUUCAUGGCAAGCCUUUACAUGCAAUUAGAGUUUGCUCACGAGACUCAUAGUGAACUCCCUGAUCCGAAAGAUGCCAAUGUUCGUGACAAGUUCUUUGGCAUAUGCCAAGAUCGCAUGAAAACCCUCAUGCAGCGCUUGUGUCGUGAAGUGGAGCCGAAGCGAGUUCUUCCAGAGGAGGCUGCCUUCGCAGGCGACACGUAG